AUGGCCGAAUAUACAUCCACAAUUCAAGGCUUCCAGCGCGCGAUGGAAGAGAGUCUAAUUGGUCCACCUGCUGAAGCAAAGACGUAUGCAGAAGCUACUGCUCUUCCUACAUUCUAUCAUGUGAUGAACGGACAGAAAUCAAAUGCCGAGAAUUGGAUCAAGGGGAUUGAGAUGUGGAGGGGGAAGAUUAGUGCGUAUCAACCUGUUGUCGAUCAAUUCCUCCGCGAUGGAGAUAGUCUGGCAGCACACAUGACGGGAACUAUCAAAGUUGAUGGGGAAGAUACGGAAUUUGAAAGCUUUAUGUUUGGGAAGGUGGAUAAGCAGAGUGGAAAGUUGGAAUGGUUGCAAGAGAGGAGUAUUUGGGGUCCUCAGGGAGGAGCACCGGAGCAUGGUGCUAAUUAG